UUCUAAAGCAAAUCAUGUCACUGUGUUCAGGAGACCUAGAAAUGUAAAGUACCUGUGAUGGCUUCUAUCCCUGCCUUCCUCUACAUCUGUAAAGCACUAUUCUCUCAGACUGUACACUCCUAGAUUUCUAGACUGGAAAGUCUGCAGAUUACAGGCAGUGCCUGUGUAGACAUGAAUAAUAGCUAUUCAGCCCCAAGGCCUUUUCUUUAAGGCUUGGUUUUGGAGGUAAGAGGAGAAGCCACCUACAGGACCUUUGUGUGAGCCGAUAUAGCCCAUCCUACCUGCCUGUGAACCCAGUGUUUCCCAGUUGCCUAGACAGCAGGCAGUCUCCAGAAACCCAACACCCCAGUUCUUGGUCCUACCCCUUGGGGAAAGUUUUUCACCCUGGAUUGGUUCCCAGGACCCAGGCUCCUCCCUAAGCUCAAUCUGCUUGGGACUCUCUUUGUCCUCCCCAAGAAGGGUCAUUCCCCAAGGAGACAGACACCACACAAGCAAGAGAGGGUCCUGUAGGUGGGAAGGGGAAGAAUAAGCAUGCUGGGGAGAGAGAAGGGACCAGGUCCAGAGAUUUCUGUCCUCUGAGAGGGCUGACUGCUGCCCACAGAACUGUUCUUCCUUCCAGACCUGCCUCAGUUCCCAGGAGACCAAGAACCGAAGCUUCUAGAAAGCAUAAGAUAUCCUGGGAGACUAGAAUCCUGACUGUCCUGAGACUCCUACCGCCACCCAGGAGUCAGGAGAGCGUCUCUGUAUACAGACCUACCCAGCAGGUCUUCCCUCCCCCAGGGCAGCAAGGAUGCCACCUAAAACCAGAGCGAAGGGGAGAAAAACCGGAGCACAGAAGAAAAAGAAAAAUCCAAGUCCCGAUGCAGAGGCUGAGGCCAGGCACAGGCUGGUGCUGCUGGAGAAGGAGCUGCUUCAGGACCACUUAGCUCUACAGAGGGAUGAGACCCGCAGGGCCAAAGCUUCUGAAGACAGGCUGAAGCAGAGGUUGCAAGGGCUGGAAGCUGAACUGGAACGGGCCCAAAGCGAAGGGAAGGCCACAUAUGCAGAGAUGAGUCGCCAGCGUCGGGCCCUGCAAGAGGAGUUGAGAACCAGAAGCAAGCAGCUGGAGGGGGAAGCGAGAGGUCUUCGGGAACAGCUCGAAACAUGUCAAAGGGAGGCUAAGGCAGCGAGGGAAGAGGCGGAGCGAGCCCUCAGAGAGCAAGAUGAAACCCUGGCUCAGCUGCGUGGCCACGUGGCGAACAUGGAGGCCAAGUAUGAGGAAAUCUUGCAUGGCAGCCUGGACUGUCUCUUGGCCAAGCUGAGAGCUGUCAAGCCUCAGUGGGAUGCAGCUGUGCUGGGACUCCACACCAGGCACAAGGAGCAGCUCCGUCAGUUUGGUCAACCCCCUGGAUCUUUGAGGCCAUUGGCCGCUAAUCUCUGAGGCCCAGCAAUAAAGCAACUUGAUGUAGAAUUCAA